AUGACUUUCUUUGGAAAAGCAAUGUUGGUCGUGUUGGUGGUGAUGAUGGCUGCUUCGGGAUCCGCUAUGGCUACUGUGUAUCAAGUUGGUGAUCUUGCAGGGUGGACAUUCAACUACAAUUACAAUGAAUGGGCUUUUUUCAAGCAAUUUCAAGCUGGUGAUACCCUAGUUUUCAAUUACGAUCCACAAUUACACAACGUGAUGCAAGUUGACAUCAACGACUACAACUCAUGCACAGCUAGUAAUCCACUUGCCACCUUCAACUCUGGCAGUGAUUCAAUCACCCUCGACACUCCUGACGGAGACUACUUCUUCUUGUGUGGAAUUCCUGGUCAUUGUGCAUCUGGACUCAAAAUACACAUCAAAGUUAGUCCAACUACAACAACAACUCCUCCUCCUCCUCCUACAACGAUGAAUAAUCGUUAUCCUGAUCAUUUUCCUACAAAUCAAACUAAGAAACCUUACUCUUCUGCAAGCACUACUGCUUAUUCACUCAACAUGUUAUUUAUAUUGUUUCUUCUACCCAUGGUUUAG